CGACCAAAGAAAUGUGGGAUGAAGAGUAACCAUGGGUGCAUAGGGUUAUAUAAGCAGAUUGGGUUUAUUUCCCGUACUCCCGAACAGAACUUCAGCAAUGAUUGACAGGUCAUUCAGCCACCACACAGACUUGAGCUAUAAGCAAGUAUUGCAUAAGCUGUGGACUGGCCACACAAUUUAAACAAAAUUGCCGUUGACUUAGCAGAUUCUCCGGGGUAAAGCCUCUUAAAACACUGUAAACUUAGCUCAGAACAAUUUCGAAUCCAUCCAGCAGCACCACCCUCGGAUCGCAUGCCUUGUACUCAAGUCAGAUGCCGGCUUCCCAGCUACUCAUUUCUGUUCAGCUUUUUGAUGAAACUGGAGAGUAUCCAUAAAACAUUCCACAGGCAGGAAAAGCCAAAAGAACAUAUGUCAAAAUGUCAGGGUGUAGCUACUGUAACCUUAUAGCGGCUCUUGGCUUUAGGUUCAUGUGUGUUAGGCAACUAAAUUUAAAGCUAAUUGCUAUGACAGAGAUGAAAGCAGACUUCCAUCCCUCCCCCCACCAUAUACAAAUAACUGUGAACAUUUUCAAGCUGUCAUUAUCAUCAAAACUGUAAUUACAAGGUUAUGGUCUCUUCAAUAGGAGUUCUUGGGCAGGACACCCACAAAAAUGGCAUUUCCGUGGCUGCUAUUUAAUGUAAGAUUAGUUUACAAAGCAAGGGGGGUCCAUAAAUGUAUGCUAACAUAAUGUAACAACAUAAGCUUUAUCCUAUAAAUGCUGAAUUUGUCUACAAAAUAUGUGUUUUUGUAUUUGUACAGGUAUUGUUUUGUAAAUUGUUACAGUAUCUUGACAAUAUCUUGCUGCCAUGCUUCUCAACAAUUGUAGUCAUUGUAUUAUUUGCUGUAAAUUCAAAAUUCAAACAUUUUACCCGAUCAUUAUAAUUUCAAAUUACAUUUGCAGACAUCGUAUUAAACUUGCAUUGUUUUGCAACCUAGAAAUUAGAGAUGAAAAUUGUAAUAUUACUGUUUAUAACUUUUUUUAUGGAUAACACAUUUAAUUUCAGUUCACUUGAGCAUGGUAAAACCUCACAAUUUUGUUGUCACAUGUUUUGAUUCAUGCACUGGUAGAGCAGUCUAUUGUUUUCCAAGUGUUUAUUUUCUGGUAUAUUGUGCAUGCUUUGUACAUUUUAAUGGGCUGGCAACCAAUUAUUCCAAAUUAUUAUUGUGGCUAAACUUGUUAUAGUCCACAUUGCACAACUGGUUUUGAAUCAGUUAAACUGUGUACUGUAAUUGCCUUGCUUUAUGCCAUAAAUAUUGUUUAUGAUGUACUGUGAUAAUCCCAUGGAUAUACAUGCGGCCUUGUCCGUAAUUGUCUUUAGUUAUGUAGGAACAUAAUUAUAACUACUGGAUGGAUGAAAAGCAUAGAGAAAAGGAUGAAGAAACUGAGAAUGCGUUGAAUUGCAAUGCAGCUAUAAAAUGAAUCAUAUUGUCAAGUAAAAACAUAACUGUAAAACAGUAAUCCACAAGAAGCAUGCAGGAGUAUUUUUCUAUUAUACUUAAGUAGCCGGCAACCUAUUAAAUAAGCUCAUGGUGCCCUUAUACUGCUGCCCUGGCACAGCUGAAAGUGUUCUUUUAAAUGGUCAGAAGUCAAUAUGAGGGCCUGCACAUGCAUGCUUGGCACGGGAGAAAAGCCCAUAAUGGGGUACCGCAGUUUGAAAAAACAAGAGAAAGAGGAAAGAAAGUGUAAUAUUUUUAGUUCCAAAUUACAACGUUGGAACUGUUGCUUUGCUCAGCCGACUGUCCGGGGACUGGAAUGGCAUGAUGGGAGCACAGACACUGCCAAACUCCACCCUGGCCCCCUCCCUAUGUCCACUCUGUGCUUCUCCUUUCCUCUUUAUGCUCUAAAAUCACAAACUGGGCUCCACCACCUCUUAUUUCUGCUCUUCCCUGUUCCCUGCUAAGUCUCACCGGCAAUGGCAGAGAGAGUCAUUCUUAAACUGAUGUGUGGUGAACCACUUUCAUUAGUUGCAAGUGAGAGAGAAAAAGACAUGUCAUAGCAAUGCAAUCCCACUGUGAAGACUGAAUUCUUGAGAAUUGCGCAAAACGGUUUAGCAAACCUUGUUGCACUGCCAAGGUUCACCGGGCGGAGAAACCCCCUCUACUGUUGAGUUCAUAUGAGGUCUUGAACAGUGUCUUCUUGCAAACACCUACAGUAGCUGCUUUUGAUCUAUUUGAACCAAUAAAGAAAUCGCAUAAGUGAUUCAACAAAAAACUCUUUUUGGAAAAAAACUGUAAAUAAGUUUUGUCCAACUGAAAAUCUAAUUGAGAGACAAUGGUGAAUAAGCCUUCAAUCAAUUUACAAAUGCUUUAUUUUAAAGACACUUUCCAUUAUUGAGCCAAAAUUUCUGUCAAGUUAGUUGCAGUAGUCUUUCAAGAACUUCACAGUGUUUGAGUCCAAAAGUUUGACCCUAGGUGUCCUUGGUACAGGAUCUUCCACUACUCUGUGGGCACUGAAAGUAAACGGACACUGAAGUUUACAAUUGGCCGUGCCAAAAUAUCCGGCCACUGAUGUGAAAACAACACGUAAUAGCUUUGCUUCAUGUGCAUCUUAUAUUUCAGCUCCUGAGACUUUAUUAUAAUAAUGACAUUUUAUACACUUGCCACACAGUCCCACAAUAAAUUAGAUAAUGUCUACAUGGCUUUACACCUCUCUUAAAAUGAACAAAGGAGGAAAAAGUCCUGUUUAAGAAGUUACAAGACAAUUAACUCAUAUUCACUGGAUAAGAAUAAUUUAAUGUGUAAUCCAGAGUCAUAAGAAACCUGUUAAUCGGACUUCAAGAUGAAAGCCAGUUCAUGAUAUCACUACUAUUGUUGGAAAGGAAGCUUGUUGCAUCAAAUGGUAGCUUGCAUGAGUAGGUUUAAAUGCUUGUUAGAAGAAAGAAAAGAGUGGUGAAGUAACAAACCGGCCGUAAGUAGAAAGCAAAGCUGUAAGUUUUAAUUAAGUACGCCCAUAAAAUGUAUUUUUAAAAGAAAGCAUUCACUCUUAGCAACCCAGCUGGUUUUGAAGUCUUAAUAUAUACUCGCUUUAGUUUUUUAAAUAAAUUUUUUUUGCAGUUAUUGCACUUUAAAUGAUGGGGGAGGGUACAAGGGGUUAACUACCAAUUAAACCAUCUUUAAUUGACGUGAAAGAAACUGCACUGUUUAGCAGGUAUCCCAUGUCCAUUUUUAUAAGUAAGGGGAGGAGAAGGUGGAGGAUGGAUUUCAGAGGGCUUGUGAUGGCGAGGCUCAGGAUUGGUGGAUGCUCCUGUUUGGCAUGGCCCCCUGCCAAGUGCUUAUGUCUUUAUAUACUGUAAACAGAUGACCAACCAGUCCCGAGUGUGUCUCUCUGUUCACCCUCUUUCCAACUCUCUGCACCUUUAUUCUCUUCCCUCCUUCAUCAUCUUUUCUGCACACUGCAUCUGUACACCUUCAAGACUUUUUCUCAAGAAGACCGGGCAAAAACAGCAAACACAUCCUCAUCAGUAAAAAGUCUUGAGUCACUUCUUGGAGAAACCACCCUUCAAGCCUUCAGCUGUUCGUAGUGCCAGCGUGGGUGAGAGAAACCAUGUCUCAGCAGAUGUUGCUCUUGACGGCGGUGUCCAUGUGGCUUUUCGCCGGGUUCUUCCUGGCAGAGGCGACAUAUAACAGCCACAUGUACAACCGCUACCGUGCGUUCAAUCACCAAGCCAACAUGGACAAUCAGCUUCCACCAGAAGUACCUGUGAUGGCAGAGGCAGUUGCACCCCGACCGGUCAACUUCAGUCGCACCUUUUAUGGAAUCAUGUUCGAUGCUGGCAGCAGUGGCACUCGUAUCCACAUUUACAAGUUCAUUCAAAAAGACCCAGUUGAGCUCCCAGUGCUGGACAAUGAGAUGUAUCAUGCCGUCAAGCCUGGACUGUCACAUUAUGCGGAUAAGCCUGAUGUGGGUGGAGAGACUAUUAGGCAGCUGCUGAAAGUGGCAAAAAAGACAAUUCCCAAGCAGUUAUGGAUACAGACACCUGUGGUUCUAAAAGCCACUGCAGGCUUGCGCUUGUUGCCUCAAGAAAAAGCCAAAGCCCUGUUGAAUGAGGUGAAAGAAGUCUUUGAUGACUCUCCUUUCUUUGUGCCAAACAACAGCGUGUCCAUCAUGAAUGGUGCCAAUGAGGGGGUCUUGGCAUGGGUUACAGUAAACUUCCUGACAGGUCAUUUGUAUGCUAAAACAAGAAGAACUGUUGGGAUUUUAGAUUUGGGUGGAGGCUCAACACAGAUCACUUUCCUACCAAAAUUAAAGAGAACUGUACUGAAUGCUCCACUAGACUAUAUUGCCAGAUUCAACAUGUUUAACAGCACUUAUGAGCUUUAUACACACAGUUAUCUCGGAAAUGGAAUUUUUGCAGCUCGACUAGCAACUCUUGGUGCCCUCGGUUCUGAUGAUAUUGACUGGAAAGUUUUUAGAAGUUCUUGCUUGCCCAAAAAAUUCAGUGAAGAGUGGUCCUUUGGUGGACUUACAUACAAAGUCAGUGGAAACCCAGACGGUUAUGCAGGGUAUAAGCUGUGCUACCAUGAAGUCCAGCGUGUAGUGAAAGGGAUUGUGCAUCAGCCUUUGGAAGUGAAGGGAAGCAGUGUCUUCUAUGCCUUUUCCUAUUACUAUGACAGAGCUGUGGAUUCUGGUCUCAUUGACGGAUCUCGUGGUGGUACUGUGGAAGUCAGGGAUUUCAAAAAGAGAGCCAAAGAAGUGUGCAAUAAGAUGACCAAAUAUCGUGCAGUCAGCCCUUACUUGUGCAUGGACAUGACUUACAUCACCUGCUUACUAAAAGAGGGAUUCGGCUUCAAGGACACCACUGUUCUGCAGCUUACUAAAAAGGUGAAUAAUGUGGAAACAAGCUGGGCGCUCGGUGCUGUCUUUGAUCACUUGCACAAUCUUAACAUUCAUUAAGCCUGCGAUCUUCUGGCUAUAAGCAGUAACAGGAGCACAGGGACCAAGAAGGAGGACACCUCACCUAAUCAAGUAACCCCACCACCUUUUACCCUACACUCCUCAGUGAAUUUCAGAUAUGCACUGCACCCCUAAACCACCACACUCUCCAUCAUUACAUCCCAAAUCAAACCCCCAAAAACUGUUCUUAUUUACUGUGUUAUUUAUGUACAGAUGGCAAGGCCAGCCUGCUACUUCUACUGUAUGUUUACAUUUUUUCCUCUUUUGUCUCUCAUCUAAUAUACUGUUGAUGUCUACUUUGGAUAAAGUUUCAAUGUAUAACGCAACCAAUCAGAGCUGUUUAAGCUCGAUCUAUGUUGCUGUGCAGGGUAGUGUGCAGUGUGAUAUUUGUAAAAAGCCUUGUGUGAGGUAGUAUAGCAUCCAUAAACGGUCUAUUGUCUUUUGUUAGCAGCAGUGCUUGUACACUAGUGUAGUCCUCUGUUAGGGUAUCGUCAAUUAUAUUGAAUACUCCCUAAGUCUUUAGUGCCUUUAUUCUAUCUAGCACAUAACACUUUAAAUGUAGCUGUAAGAGCCAUUUGUGCUGUUUUGGAAUAUUAUGUGGGAUCAACAGUUCAAAAUGAAGAGAAUUUUUCAAGUAGGGAUAGAAACAAAAUAAUACCAUAUACUAAUUUGAUAAAUACAUGAGUGGUGUAAAUGAAUGAGUUAUUUAUUUUGGUUAUAUUUUUAUGUUGAGAAGGUAUGGAAAGUUGACCUGUAAUUGGAUUAUAAUAUCUUCAGAUGGACAUUGCUCUUAGUGAAAUGCUACAGGGGCUUUUUCAACCAAGGUAUAACCAGCCAUGGUUUUUUAAGUGGCAUACAGUAUGGUGCUUUCUUCUUCUACUUAUUAAAAAAAACACAUGGUAGGAUUCUGAAGAUUCUGUCAAUACUUUAAAUGUAACUCAAGUGACUACUGGCUGGAAGUUAAUAAUUAAGACUUUAUGGUACUGUAUAUUAACCUAAAUUUACUAAUUAAACAUUGUUAAAUGCAAUAUGGUAACAUGCACCCUCUGUAACAUUUAGAUCUUGGUUUGGUUAAUAUAGGCCUGGUUUCACAGACAAGGCUUAGCUAAAGCCAGGAAUAGAAAAUAAAUUAAGAUGUUUAAACAUCUCUUAUAGACACGCCUUAGAAAAAGGUGUUACUGGUGUGUAUCUUGGCAUAUUUAAGAUCUGUCAGUGCAAGUUAUUUUCAGUUGAAAGAGCUCAAACGUAUGUCUAAGUCUAGGACUAGUCUUAAGCCUUUUCUGUGAAACCAGGGGGUAGACAUUUAGGUUACUAUCGUUGUGCAGGCACGCUUAGGUGUAAAGCAUUGCAAGGAACCAGGUCUUCCAGAAAUGUUAACUUGUUUAAGUGUUACAUGUGCACACCCCUGUAGAUACCCUGACUGAUUUAACAGGCUUUACUCAGUCAAUUUUCAUCAUGACAUGCUUUUGUGAAUUAUUGUACAAAUAUUUAUUACAGUGUGGCAUUGUUGUUACUUUUCUUGUUAAUCCAAGAACAUCUCUAAACCAACAUCAUUAUACAAAAAUAUGAUUUAUAGGUAUUUACUAUAUCAACAAAUGGCCUCAUCAGUAUGGUUAACUUUGCCACAAGUGGUGUUUAUGAACGAUUAUCAUGUACAACAAUGCAUUUUUAAGGUAUUAACUGCAACAAAUGCUAUAAAUAUGGCUAUGCUUUUCAAAUUAAUCUUGUAUAUGAAGUGAUUUUAUUGUACA